GCAGAGGGGCCUCAUCGUCUUCAGUAUUCCACAGCUAACACCCAGAGCACCAUUUGCAUCACAUUCGUCGACCUCGAGCUCGAGGUAGGGAAGCAACCACCGACCCGAGCUAUCAAGCCGUAUGGCGCCUCGCAGCCGCCUCCUGGACCUGGAGAGGCACGACGUGCUCUUCUUCUACGGCGCCUACCACCACGGCGAGCAGCCAGCAAGCGUGGCCACCCACCACACGCUCGUCUUCUGGCCCGUCUUCCUCGUCGCCGCCCUGCACCUCCACCUCGUCGCCCCGUUCCCGCACGCCGCCGUCGACGCCGCCGCCUGCGCGGGGCUCUACGUCGCCUGCUGCUUCCUCCUCGACCGCGCGGCGCGGCGGCCUUCCUCUGCCGGGCCGACGGCGGUGGCCUCUCGCUCCACUGCUCAGUGCACGACGAAGGAAGGCUAUACGAUCGAGCAACAUUCAGAAGUUCGUGGUGAUCAGGAUCAGUGAUCAAGUUGAUUAGUGCGGGAACAGGGUUGGGAACAUCAGUCAUCAGGUAGCUAGACUCUUGAUGUGUGUGCAAUAUCUUGAUCUGUAGUAUAUUCACUUGGAUAUUGGGUGACAAUAAUGUACAAAUCAGACAAAAUGUUCAUACUCUAGCAACGUUGUAUUGUACCUGGCCUGGAAGAUGAAUGGCUAUCCUCUACUCUGCACAA